UUAGUUAGACCCAAAAAACAAAAGAGGAUGGGGUCGUUGUCGCGCUCGGAGGAGAUGCGCUUCUGCCAGCUCAUCGUGGAGAAGGAUGCUGCGUUCAACAUUGUUGCUGAAAUUGGAAAACAACCAUAUGUUCAAUUUAAGGAUUUGAACCCAAAUGUGAAUAGCUUCCAAAGAACCUUUGUCAAAGACAUCCGUCGUUACGAUGAGAUGGAACGAAAAUUGAGAUUCUUGGAGAGUCAAAUUGUCAAGGAUGAGAUUGUGAUCCCUGGAAGAGUUGAUACUGGAGACUACACAAUUCUCCCAACAUCUGAGCUCAAUACUUUGGAGGGAACUCUUACCGAAUUGGAGAAAGAUGUAAAGAGUAUGAAUGAUUCUGAUUCUCAACUCAAGGCAAAUUUCAUGGAUUUGAAAGAAUGGGACGCUGUUCUUGAUAAGACUGAUGAGUUUUUCCAAGGAGGAGUUGAUGAUCAGGCACAAGAAGAACUUGAGAAUCUUGAUGAAGAAGGAGCAGUUCCACGUGUUGAGAAAGGACCAGUCAACUAUUUGGUUGGAAUUAUCCGUCGUGAAAGACUGAAUGGAUUUGAACGUGUUCUUUGGCGUGCAUGCCAUCACACUGCAUACAUCCGUUCCAGUGAUAUUGAGGAAGAACUCGAAGAUCCAGGAACUGGAGAGAAGGUUCACAAAUCUGUCUUCAUCAUUUUCUUGAAAGGAGAUCGCAUGCGUUCAAUCGUUGAGAAAGUUUGCGAUGGAUUCAAAGCCAAGCUGUUCAAGAACUGCCCAAAGACUUUCAAGGAACGUCAAUCUGCUAGAAAUGAUGUUCGUGCUCGUAUCCAAGAUCUUCAAACAGUUCUUGGACAGACCAGAGAACAUCGUUUCCGUGUUCUUCAAGCAGCUGCCAACAAUCAUCAUCAAUGGCUGAAGCAAGUUCGCAUGAUCAAAACAGUUUUCCACAUGCUCAACUUGUUCACCUUCGAUGGAAUCGGAAGAUUUUUUGUUGGAGAAUGCUGGAUUCCAUUGAAGCAUGUUGAAGAUGUUCGUAAGGCAAUUGAAGUUGGAGCAGAGCGAAGUGGAUCUUCUGUCAAGCCUGUUUUAAACAUCCUCGAGACAUCGGUUACACCACCAACUUAUAAUGAGACUAACAAGUUCACAGCUGUCUUCCAAGGAAUAGUUGAUUCUUAUGGUAUUGCUACUUACCGUGAGUUGAAUCCAGCUCCAUACACAAUCAUUACCUUCCCAUUCCUUUUCUCCUGCAUGUUCGGAGAUCUUGGUCAUGGAUGUAUCAUGUUGAUGGCAGGACUUUGGUUUGUGCUUCGUGAGAAGAAUCUUCAAGCCAGAAACAUCAAGGAUGAGAUCUUCAAUAUGUUCUUUGGAGGUCGUUACAUUAUUCUUCUAAUGGGUCUCUUCUCGAUCCAUGCUGGAAUCAUUUACAACGAUAUGUUUGCCAAGUCAUUCAACAUUUUCGGUAGUGGAUGGAAAAAUCCAUACAAUGCGUCUGAAAUUGAAGGAUGGAUAAACAGAACAGAACAUGGAAAGGAGAUGCUUGUGGAGCUGGCUCCAGAAGACGCAUAUGAUCAUGCUGGAGGUCCAUACUCUUUCGGAGUUGAUCCAAUUUGGAACAUUGCUGAGAAUAAGCUCAACUUUUUGAAUUCCAUGAAAAUGAAACUUUCUGUUAUCCUCGGAAUCAGUCAGAUGACAUUUGGAGUCAUUCUUUCAUUCUUCAAUCACACAUACAACAAAUCUAAAAUCGAUAUUUUCACAGUCUUCAUUCCACAGAUGCUCUUCAUGGGAUGUAUUUUCAUGUACCUGUGCCUUCAAAUUAUCCUCAAAUGGCUCUUCUUCUGGACCAAGGAAGCCACUGUCUUUGGCCAAAUCUACCCAGGUUCCCAUUGUGCUCCAUCUCUUCUUAUUGGACUUAUCAAUAUGUUCAUGAUGAAGGAUCGUAAUGCCGGAUUUGUCGUAGACGGUGGAAAAGUUAAUGGAGAAUAUAGAGAAGUUGAAACUUGUUAUCUUUCUCAAUGGUAUCCAGGCCAAUCUGUUAUUGAAAUGAUUUUGGUAGUUAUUGCUGUCAUUUGUGUUCCAGUAAUGUUGUUUGGAAAACCAAUCCAUCAUGUUAUGCAACAAAAGAAAAAGGCAAAGGAACUUCAUGGAAACGCGACUGUCCGUGCAAAUGUUGUCUCUGAUAGCAGUGAAAUAGUUUUGAACGGAGGAUCAAAGAAAGAAGGAGCAGCUCAUGAAGAACACGGGCACGGAGGACACGAAGAUGAAUCCUUCGGAGAUAUUAUGGUUCAUCAAGCUAUUCACACUAUUGAGUAUGUACUCGGAUGUGUAUCUCACACUGCCUCUUAUCUUCGUCUUUGGGCUCUUUCUCUUGCUCACGCUCAGCUCUCUGAAGUCUUGUGGCACAUGGUGUUCGUUACCGGAGGUCUUGGAAUUUCUGGAACUGCUGGAUUCAUUGCAGUCUAUGUUGUAUUCUUCAUCUUCUUUGUGUUGACUAUCUCAAUUUUGGUAUUGAUGGAAGGAUUGUCUGCAUUCCUUCACACACUUCGUCUCCAUUGGGUCGAGUUCCAAUCCAAAUUCUAUCUUGGUCUUGGAUAUCCAUUCGUACCAUACUCCUUCAAGACAGCUCUUCAGGAGGCUGAAGCAGCUUAAUCAAUAUUUGAACUCCAACCCUUUUCUUCUCGAUUUCGCUUAGUUGUUCCAUACAUCUUGCCGUAAUUUGUUCAUAAUAUUCCUAGACAUUCCAUAAUUUUGACUAUAACUUUUGCGCAUGGCUUCUUUCUUUUGAGUUCUGGAUAUUUUUCAGUUUUUGAUAUUAAAAACGAUUCUCUAUAAUUCGAGAGAAAUAAGUAAUGCGUAUUUUUUUUGUGAGCGUCCUGUGUAAAAGUGAUUUUAUUUCCGGUGCCAAUAGCAUAAUUUCAUAAAUUUUUAUUUGUUUUUUUUCUUUAAAUAAAUGAUUUGGAGCAAC